AUGUCAGCAGAAGAAUUGCAACGUUUGAAGGACGAAGUGGAUAAGGCGGUUGCUGUUGACCCUACUGUGUCAACAGAAGAAUUGCAACGUUUGAAGGACGAACUGGAUAUGGCGGCUGAACAUCACAGUCGUCUGAUGCUUCAAAUUCAGCAGAAGAGCCAGUUCAGCCCAAACGAUGAUGCUGAUGCCAACGAAACUCUGGCCUCGAAGGGCGACAACGUGGAUGACAAAGAAGAUGCCGACAAAGAAGAAGCUCGAGCCCCACCUGCAUCUUCUUCUGGAUCUCCAGGCGACGACGAUGAUGGUGACCAUGAUUCUAGCAAGGACGGCGGCGAUUCUGGUGACAAGAGCAAGAAGUGCAACAACUGUGGUGGGAGUCAGGUGAACAAUUGCAUAUGUGCAGAACCCGAGACAUCUCCUGAUCACGAAUCGAAUGACAGCACUCUGCAAGGACUCAGUAUCACCAACAAUUCCACCAACUCUUUGAACUACUCGAAACAGUCGUCGGAAUCCCAACGAAAGAUGGGUUCUUCUCAGAGCCAUCCUUUGAGUCCAUAG